AAAUUCAACGUGGAUCGCAACAUCAAGAGUUUUGUUUUAGUCUGUCAGAUUCUGACAACUGGCACACUCAGGUCUAUUUGCUCGAUUUUCCGACCACCGGGACCUUGUUACAGGACCCAUCACGUCUCGUGGCAUUCGCGCAAGUGGAUCAACUAUCCUUCUGUGCCAGCCAUGUCUAAUCUUCUCGAAGAAGCGUCUCUUCUGAGAGGUGACGAUGAGCAAAACGAAAAGGCCCUGCAACGACCGGCUAGAAACAGGUGGCUCCUCUGGCCUCAGCAGUUGUCUGCCUUAGUUUACGCCUGCUUAUUGUCAUCUUUGACAUACAAUUUGAUACAAUGGCAACAGCUUCGACAAGAGAUAGCGCGACCAGAUAUGUGUCGAUCAAACUACACUGGGCUCGCAUACGACACGCCCAAGAAAUAUGAGAGUAAUUGGGGAAAGAAUGAUAGCGAAGCAGAUGAAUUCUGGGACAGUCUUGAUGCCAGUCCAGUUGUUAUCGCUCUGACCUACGAAGAAGCUGCCUCUAAAUACGGAUUAGGACCUUCUGCGCCGUUUCCAUGGGACAACGAGAAAGGUCUCUACUAUAUCAAAGCAUUCCAUCAUCUUCACUGUCUGAAAAUUAUCCGCAAAGCUGUCAAAAGUUUUGAUCGCACGGGUGCCUGGGAAGGUUCCCGCGAACACCUGUAUCAUUGUCUCAACACAGUCCGCCAAGAUCUGAUGUGCAAAUCCGACGAUACCAUCAUGACCACGGGAAACAAGCCGCACGUCAUUGGCGAUGAUCAGACAGUGUGGUGCCGCAACUGGGACUCACUGGUCGACUGGGCGCAGGACCCGCAACGACAUGCAUGCUAUCGGAUUCUGGACGACGACAAGCCGGUCCAACACUCGCUGGAACUUUACGCAUAUUGUCCCAAAGACUCGCCGCACUACGAAACAAUGCAGGCAUAUUUCAAUAAACACGGGCAUAAAGAUGCAUUCGGCAAGCAGUAUGGUGAGGCACAGCAAACCUGA